GUUCCCUUCCCUUUCCUCGCCCCCCUCUUUCCCUGAAUAAAGAUGGCAGACGAGGCAACCCGCCGGGUAGUGGCUGAACUGCCGCUGCUGAAGACGAACGCGGGUCCGCGGGACGGGGAGCUGUGGAUUCAGCGGCUGAAGGAGGAAUACCAGGCGCUCAUCAAGUAUGUUGAAAACAACAAGAACGCCGAUAACGACUGGUUCAGGCUUGAAUCCAACAAAGAGGGCACCAGGUGGUUUGGGAAAUGCUGGUACAUCCACAAUCUCCUGAAAUACGAAUUUGCUGUUGAGUUUGACAUUCCAGUCACGUAUCCAUCCACAGCGCCGGAAAUUGCCAUUCCAGAGCUAGAUGGGAAAACAGCGAAAAUGUAUAGGUAACAUAUACCUUCUUCCU